AUGGCCGACGUUUACAACGGCUUUGGGGUGGCCCCGCACGGCCUCUCACCGUUCCCGGUAGAAGUGCUCGCGGAUAUACUGGCACUCGUCUCGCGGGGGACGCUCCAUGCCGCCAUCCAGGUCAACUCGUUCUUUGCGGCCACAGCCAUGCAGCACCUGUACAAGCAGCUACGCGUACCGCUCGCGCAACCUGGCCGGCCAAUGUUUCUGUGCAACGAUCCCGAUACAAGUCGUCCUCAACGUCUCAGCCGUCCAGCGGAUAUGGUCCGUGAGCUGGUGAUUGACGCACAUCCGCCCGACUUGCUCAUGCACGUCCGGCUUCAGCUCCCACACCUCCGUGUGGUUCGCCUUCAGCAUGCCCACCCAGUGGCGCUCCGAGGACAACACACUGGCUUGCACACACCUUCGCACCCACACUCGUCAGUGUCGGCGCCGUGCGACCUGCUCACGGGACUGGAACCGUCCACCCUCGUCAUUCGCGGCGCGCCGCUCCUCUUUUCCCGUAUUCCUGAUACACUCGUGCCGCAUGAGCUGGGGCGUAAACUCGACCGUAUCGUGCUCGUCAUCCCGUCCGAAUCAGCUAUCGUUGGUACAAACAUGAAAUACGAAGCGGCGGGCUGUUCGGCCGACGGAGUCAUCUACUUUCUUGACAACUUGGGUGUCUGGGAGCAGAACCGAGGACAAUCAACAACGCAGCUGGAACUGUGCCUCGUCUUCCACACACCUCAAGGCGCACUAUGGCGCCCCUCUCCUCGUCCCGGCUGCGACAGCUCCGGCGUACACGGUACCUGGCUUGGGCGGCUUGUCGACGGUCUCGCGCUAGGCAUGACCCAGCGGGCAGCCAUGGCCACCCGAGACGUAUCUGUUUCGCUCAUCAACCUGCCGGCAGUGGCCCCACUUCUCUCGACAGGAGAAUAUCGCCAAGUGGACAUGGUCGACAUCCUCAAUUAUGCCCACAACCUCGGUAUCAAGACGCCGAGUAUGGGCGAGUGGCUGCAGAAUGACGGGCAGUGGGGCUUUGACGACAGCGAGGUGGACAAUUGGCUGCGUCACUCCCAGCAGCCUUGA